GAAUCAUUUAUGAUACUUUUAAUGACAGAUUUAUAGACAUUAGAUCAAUAGAUGCUUAUGAAGAGAGGAUCACUAUUCUUCAAACUGAAAAUAAAGAUUUAAAAGAGCAAUUGGCUAAAAUUCAAAAUGACCUACAAAACAAAGAAAAAGAAUUGGAUGAAUUGAAGAGAGAAGGCCAAAAAACUUCUGAUAAUCAUCUUUUAAGUUUACAGAAUCUGAAACAAACCUUGGAUGCCGAAGUUAAUAAACUAAAUAAUUUUCUAGAAGAUUUAGUUCAAGCUAAAAAACAUAAUGAAUCAUUAAAAGAACAGUUAGUCAAAGUUCAAAAUGACGUACAAAGUAAAGAAGAGGAAUUAAACAAGCUCAAAAAAGAAAACGAAAAAACUGUAGAAGAUUAUAAUUUAACCUUACAAAAAUUAAGUGAUUCUCGAGAAGACUUGGCUCAAGCUAAAAACAUUAAUGAGUUACUAAAAGAACAAUUA